AUGUUGGUGAUAGUUGACCUUGUGCUGAUGUUAAUAGAUUUAACCAUUUCUAUUCUGAACGCAGUAGUGCGCACUGUGGUGCGACCGCGUCUGAAACCCAUUGAUGGAGAGCUGUGUCUUAUCACGGGGGCCGGUGGCGGACUGGGCCGCCUCUUUGCAAUAGAAUUCGCAAAAGAGGGAGCCGAACUUGUGUUGUGGGAUUGCAACGCAGAGGCAAACGAGCAGACAGCCAAACUGGUACGGGAACUGGGCAUCAAGGCGCACACGUACACAAUCGAUCUCUCCAAACGCGAGAGCAUCUACCAAACAGCUGACCGUGUGCGGCGCGAGGUGGGUGACGUCACGAUGUUGGUAAACAACGCGGGAGUGGUGGCUGGGCAAAAGUUCCUAGAGUGUCCGGAUGCGCUCUUGGAGAGGACUCUCCUGGUGAACUGCCAUGCUCUCUUUUGGAUGACAAAGGCUUUCCUUCCUCACAUGAAGGCCACGAACCAUGGUCACAUUGUCACUGUCGCUAGUACACUCGGACUGUUCACUACAGCUUGUGUGGAGGACUAUUGUGCCAGUAAGUUUGGGGCAGUGGGUUUUCACGAGUCCUUGGCUCACUCCCUCUUGGCAGAGGGGGGUCUGGAUGGCAUCAAGACCACUCUGGUUUGCCCCUACAUUGUCAACACUGGCAUGUUUGCUGGAUGCCAAAUCAGACAGGAGCUCCGUAACCUGGUGCCUCCACUGGAGCCCUUGGACUGUGUCCAGCAGUCCAUGAGAGCCAUCCUGAGUGACGAGAUGAUGGUGUGCAUCCCCAGCAUCAUGAACAUGGCCGUCUUGUCUCGAGCGUUGCUUCCUUGGGAGGCCAACAUUGUCACGUACCGCUUCCUGGGAGCUGAUAAAUGCAUGUAUCCCUUCAUCAAGACCAAGCAGCAGCAGCAGCAGCAGAGCCCUGUAGCCAAUGGGCAUGUGAAAUCUGGAUAGUCUCGCCGCCAUCGCUGGACCAUCGGUCGCCGCUGGAACCCUGUGUGGUGUUAGGGGCCUGUGCCAAAGUAGCAGUAAGAGAUCACUUAAAGGGACACUUCACCGAUUAGCAUUAAGC